CUGAUUUUGGACGGCCAAAGUUUUGAGAGUGGUUGGUUACUGAAACAUUAAGAUGCACAAACUACUGAAGGAUCACCAGGCAGGGGACCACAAGAUGAGCGACCCUAGGAAGAACCCUGAACAGCCAGUCACAGCCUGUCUGUUGAGCGCAGCCUUCUUCGGUGCCCUGGGGUCAUCUUUCAUUUACGGCUACAACCUCUCUGUUGUCAACGCUCCGUCUUUGUACAUUAAAGCUUUCUACAAUAAGACAUGGAUUGAGAGAUACGGGGAGCCUCUUGCAGCAGAGACAGCCACCCUCCUCUGGUCCGUCACUGUGUCCAUAUUUUCUAUCGGAGGCCUUCUUGGAGCGCUGUCUGUCUCCGUAAUCAUCAAAGUACUGGGAAGAAAGGGAACCUUGCUGCUGAAUAACAUCUUCGCUCUGAUAGCUGUUCUGCUGCUGACCCUGGGUGAAACGGCCAAAUCUUUUGAGAUGCUCAUCAUUGGCCGGCUCAUAAUGGGGGUGGACUCUGGUAUAGCUCUCAGCGCCCUCCCCAUGUACCUGGGAGAAAUUACACCGAGACAUGUCCGGGGUUCCAUUGGCCAGUUCAACUCCAUCCUGAUCUGCUUGGGAGUGUUCACGGGACAAGUGCUGGGGCUGCCCGAGCUGCUGGGUCAGGAAACCAGUUGGAGCUACCUGUUUUCCUUUCUGGCAUUGCCGGCAAUCCUGCAGCUGUGUGUCCUGCCCUUCCUACCCGAGAGUCCUCGCUACCUGCUGAUAGAGAAAAAGGAUGAGGCUGGAGCAGAAAGAGCAUUCCAGAGGUUUUUGGGGAAAAAAGACGUGUCCCAGGAGCUGGAGGAGGUCCACGCGGAGGCUCGGGCUCAGGACAACCUACACACCGCCUCUGUGCUGCAGCUGCUGAGGAACCCAGCUGUUCGAUGGCAGCUCAUCACCAUCAUCAUCAGCAUGGCCUGCUAUCAGCUCUGCGGCCUCAAUGCUAUCUGGUACUACACUAAUGGGAUCCUUCAGGAAGCAGGCUUUGCCGAGAACAUUAUCCCCUACAUCACACUGAGCACCGGGGCCAUAGAGACUUUGGCUGCCAUCAUCUCGGGCUUAGUUAUAGAAAGAAUCGGGAGGAAGCCCCUCCUCAUCUUUGGUUUCUCUUCCAUGGCCGUGUUCUUCAGCCUACUCACAGUGUUCCUCAAUUUCCAGGACAGUCUGUCAUGGAUGCCCUACCUCAGUUACAUAUGCAUACUGGCUGUGAUUGCGUCAUUUUGCUCUGGGCCAGGUGGCAUCCCCUUUGUCCUGACCGGGGAACUGUUUGAACAGUCCUACCGACCUGCCGCCUUCAUGAUUGCUGGCAUAGUAAACUGGCUGUGUAACUUUGCUGUGGGCCUCCUGUUCCCCUUCAUCCAAGAGACGCUGCAGGCAUUUACCUUCCUGGUGUUUGUGGUGUUCUGCGUCUUAGGAUCUAUAUUCCUCUAUGUCGUCCUCCCUGAGACCAAAAAUAAAACUUUUAUGGACAUCAGUCAGAGCUUUGUCAAGAUCAACAAAAUCCCUGUCCCCUCCCCUGGUCAUGAAAUGGAGCUGACCUGUAAGCCUGCCAUGAAUGGAAAAGUCCAAGAUGUCGUUAAGAUGGAGAAUUCCUUCUAGCAAACCACAGCGUUUGUGGAGCAACAGGGUGAAAUGAAAAACCAAAAGUACUUGUUGUUUUUACAUAUUUAUUUAAUGAAUGUGGUAAAAGAAAUGAAAAUGAAUAAUUUUGUUCCAAUAUGACUUGAAUAAUAUUUAGGAAUAUUAAUGUACAGCAAUUGUUUCUUUAUGCCUCUUAUUACAAUGAAACAAACAAGAUUUCUGUUUAUAAGUCAAUAUACAGUAUAAAACUAUUAUCAUUUGCAUAAACCCUAGAUUGUUGAGGUCAUUUAACGUUACAAAAUUGAUUAUAAUGUGAAUACAGGGGGCUUGCAUAACAUA